AUGAGUAGUGGUAACAAUAUGAUCCCUGCAAUGAGUAUGUAUGGUCGUGACUUAGAUCAUCAUCAUCACCAUAAUUCAUAUAAUCAACUACCUCCAUCUGUAAAUCCAAACAAUUCCAACAUGCUGUCGGGUUACCCUAUCAUGUAUCCUAACCAUCAACAUAAUCACCCAGCUGGAGACUUAUUAACACUCCAGAUGCAACUACAAAGUAAUACAUCUAAUAAUGAGAAUGAUAGUACACUAGCAGCUCUUCAGAGAAAUUGGAUAGCUUUACAACAAAAUCAUCAUGGUCACUCAUCUAUACAUCACCCUUCUCCAAUGGGACUCCAGGGAGAUGAAAUGAGCUAUAUGAGGAAUUUGCUACCAAUCAAUGGUAGUAAUUCAUCUCCAUCUCCAUUACAUUCUAAUCAGCCAUCUUUAAUGGAUACUUUAAAAUUAGGUAGUACUAUAGACUCACAGUCACUUCAACAUCAUCAUGGUAACAACAUGCAGCCAAGUAUAUUAGAUAAUGGCAAUGGGAAUAUUUCUACAUCUCCAAGUGGAAGAUUACAAAUAUCAAUGAAUUCUUCUAACAAUGUAUUAGGCAUUGGUAUGGGUAACAUGAGUAACCUUAGUGGAGUAAAUGUAGAUAUAGUUCCAGGUAGUGGAAUGAUUUGUAUGAAUAACAAUAACCCAACGAAUGUAGGGAAUAACAUUAAUAAUAAUAUGGAGUGGCAAGGAGGUAUUCCAAUAAGAAAUAUACCCGACCUUAUGACUAUGCUAGAUUUAUCUGAUAUACCACCGCAUGUGCAAAUUCCCAAAUAUUAUGAGGGUAUUAAGAUCUCAUUAGGUGAAGCUGGGAGAGAAAUAUUGCGUUGCUAUAUAAACCAACGGGGUAUUCGUGGUAAAUUUAUGAGUUCAAGUAAUCUCCAACAGCUGUUAAGAGUAGCUCAUCAAUGUGGAUUAUGGAAUGCUGCAGUACGUCUACAUUUAGAAUUUAUUGGAGAAAUACCAAUGACAGCUAGUCAUGCUGAAAUGAGGAAAUAUAAAAGUUUACAAACUAAAAGAAGACUAUCUAAAAGAAUUUCUGUUUUAUCGAAAUUUGGUGCACCAGUAGUACGCAGAGCUGAUGGUGAAGAAACCAUCGAAUAUAGAGAUGGUAUGAAGCUAUCUCUUGGAGUUGAUGGUCGUAAGUUGCUGUUGAAGAGAAUCCGAGAAGCAAGAAGUUCCAGGGAAAGUGAAAUUAAUAGCUUGUUCUCAAAAUACGGAUUAAAAUAUAGUCAAUUAAGAAAUGCAACUAUUCAUGAAUUAUGUCGUAUGGCCUAUGUAUGUGGACUAUGGGAAGAAGCUGUUAAACUACACUUUCAGCAUAUAAGGAAAAAGGCACAUGAAACCUCUUCAAAUCAUGUUGAGUCUGGUAGUGAUGAUGAUAAUAGUGACUUAGACAUGAACAAAGAUAGAGAUGAUGUAAUACCUAAUAGUUUUUUACAACAAAUUCACUCACCAAAUAUAGAUCUUUUGAAUAGUGGGAAUUCAAAUAUUGCGGCCUCUGGACUGCAUUCUUCAAUACAUGGUCAUCCACCUAUGCAUUCUCAUCCAAGUCAUUUACAACAUCCACACAAUGUUCCUGUCCACAAUAUAUCUAAUCAUCAUCAUAAUCAUACUAUUCAUCCGUCUUUAUCUCGUCCACUACCUAUUUCAACUUCUGAUCAUCUCAACUUUGAUGACUAUAGAAAUUAUAUUUUGGAUACUGAUGGUAGUAGUAGUAAUGGUAAUACUAUAAACACCUCUAAUAUAAAUUCUGGUACUAAUCUUAAUAUAAGUAUUAGUGAAAUUAAGAAUAGUCUUAAAAGUGUCAAUCCAAAUGAUAAUAAUAAAAAUAAUAGCAUGUUAAAUAUUAGGACAACUGGAGCACUGGGUACUGGUAUAGGUAGUAAUAGUAUAGAUAAUAUAUAUAGUGACCCGAUAAAUUCAUCGCACAGUGAUUUUGAUGAUUAUUCAUUAUUAUCGGCUUCAUUACGUAAGAGAAGUGAAGAUUUGAAAACCGAUACAAUGGAAAAUAAGAAUGGAAUAACUACUGCAUCUAAUAUAAAUAUAUAUAGUAAUAAUGGAAGUGAUAAUCGAGACAAUAAUAUUAAAAGUAAUAGUAAGGAUAUACAUAUUCAUACAAAUAGUGGUCAAAGUAGUCCUAUUGAUAAUAUUAAUAAUAGUAAUGGUAGUCUUUCUGUAACUUUUGGUGGUGGAACAAGUCAUCAAAAUAAUCUUAAUGAUUCUAAUCCUAAUAUUAAUCAUCCAAAUACCUCAUCAUUUUUAAUGGACACAUUGACAGGUAUUCUUGGAGAUGAAGUAAUUAGUAGUAAUAUGAAUGACAAAAUUCUUCAUAUAAAUAGUGACAAUUCUUGUAUAUCUUCAUCUAACUUAUCAAAUACAAUUAAAUCAAACAGUGAUGGCUUAAAUAUUGUUAGUAAUAAUAUUAGUAAGAAUAUGCCACAAUUAUCUGCUGUGGCAGUUGUAGCGGCGGCCAAGGCAGCAACAGCUCAAGCAGUCUCAAAAUAUUCAAUACAAUGUAAUGAUAACAACCGACAUGAACCCUUUGGAGUUUUGGGCCAUUUAUCUACAACCCAUGAGAGUACAGAUAUUCCUAAUUCAAAUCUAUUCCUAAUAAGUAGUCAUACUCAUCAUUCUAAUAGCUAUUCAUCGUCUUCAACGUCUGCAUCUGCAAUUGACCAAGAUAUCAAUAUUAGCAUGAAUCAUAGGAGAGAUGAUGCAAUAAAUACAACAAAUAGCAAAAGUGACAAUUUGAAAGUAAAUAAUAAGAUAUAUUAUCAAUCUGAAAGCCUUCAUUACCUACAUAAUAUUGAUAGUACUAAAAAUAAUGAUGUAUCCAAUAUAUCAAAUAAUAUGGAUAGUGGACCAAUAAUUGUUUCUAGAGGUUUGACUAGCCAAUCAACAACUGAUACUAGUAUAGAAUCUGGGAAUUAA